CGACACUAAAUCUAUCAACUUGCAUAGUUGCUUUAUAAAGCCCCGAAAACCAGCAGCUGCUUAAUCAAUUGAAAACCCUGACCCAUCAGCAGAAUCUCACUCUUCGAAUUUCACUUUGCGCUGCCAUGCACAAGCGACAGACCGGGCAAGGCCAAGCGCCACCAGCUACCCCGCCUCCGCCUCCGCCUCCACCUGCCCCGGAAUCCCAAUCAGAGAUGAGAUGGUCGCCGAAGACUGAAGAGGACAAAAUUAUCACCAAGCUUAUGGAUGAGAUCUCUGCUUCUCCUCAUGAUCCUAACUGCUCUAUAGUUCUUCGAGCCGCCCUGUCCUCGCUUCUCAAAACUCAAGAGAAUCGUGUUUCUCCCUCAAUUCAACAGAGGCCAUCCCCCUUCCCUAAAAGACAAAUCAGCGUGAGUGAUUCGGUCACCAUACUGAUCCAGGUGUUGGCUAUUAUCCCCCUGCUAGUUGGAUCUCCAACUAGUAAUUGGUUCUCCCCCACGCUGCAAGAGCAGAAGUGCACGUGUGCUAGUUCUGGGGAAACCCCAGACUGUCAGUGCAUCCCCGUUCCAUUCAUUAUCUUUCAGGGAGUGAUGACCAUCAUGUUUGCAAUUGUGCAAGUGUUGCUACACAGGAGGAUGAUAGGUGUUCAUCGGUUGAGCUAUAUAGUUUUUAGUUUCCCUAUCUUUUUAUGUUCCUACCUUUGGUUGGUGUUUACGAUCACUCCUGUGCACUUCCGGCUUUUGGUGUUUUUGAUAGACGUAGGGGUGGUUAUUACGGUGUCUGCGAUAGUUGUUUGCAUCAUAUACUGGAGGGCAAGAGCUUCUCCCACCCUUCCUGUGGAUGAGAUUUAUGAUAUUUAGAUACAGCUUAUGAGAUUGUGGAUAUAUUGAUUUAACUUAUGAGACUAAAUCCAUGUAAGAUAAAUACUCUCUUAUUUUAUUAGAUAAACAAAUCAAAUACUAUAACUAGUUUUUCAUGA